AUGUUUUUACUAAUAUUAGGUAAAAACAUUAAUUUACCCUACCUGGAAUGGUCAUCUGAUGGUCCAUCCUUGAGACCUGUUAAUACAGUUACUGAUACAGCUAAAUUAUUGUCUCAUAUUAUGGCCUUUAUGAAUUUGAAACAAAUAAAUACAUUAAAAAACGAAAACAGUAGAAUUCUUGAUCUUGUUUUAUGCAACUCACCUGAUUGUUCAGUUAAUAUCUCUGAUGAUCCACUCUUAAAAGCCGUUCCUCACCAUCCUCCGCUGGACAUUUUUUAUGAAACAACUCAAUCCAAGUAUAUGCCCACCAACCAGAAAACAAAACGAAACUUUUACAGAGCAAACUAUGACCAAAUUAAUACUGCUAUAUCAGAGACUGAUUGGGUUUCUGAACUCAGUUCUUCUUGUAUAGACACUAUAGUUGACAAAUUUUAUAACAAAAUUAUGCAUGUUAUUGAAUCUUAUGUACCACUUAUCAAAGUUAAAACCAAUAGAUUCCCUAAGUGGUUCUCUAAUAGCUUAAUUUAUACACUUAGGCGUAAAUCUAAAAUGUGGGCACGAUGGAAAACGUACAAUUCGUUACGUGACUAUCAAGAGUUCUCCCUAUUAAGAAAACGUGCUAAACGUCUCUUAAUUAAAUGUUACAAUAAAUAUAUAGAGAACGUUGAGUCUUCAAUAAAGGAUAAUAUAAAAUACUUUUGGAAAUAUACUUCAGAUAUAAAGGAAACAAAUACGGGAUAUCCUCAAGUAAUGAAGCUGGGAACCAAAACUUCAGAUGACCCAAAAAUAAUAUCUGAAAUGUUUUCACAUCAUUUUAAAUCCGUAUUUGAACCGUUGUCAGACAAUGCAUAUACAUUAACUCAACACUUAGAGGAUAAUUUUACUGGAAUAAACUUACAUGACAUACGUUUCACACAGUUGGAAGUUUGCACUGCUUUAAAAACAUUGAUCCAAACAAAGGCGCUGGACCUGACAAAAUAA